AUGACACCUCCUGCCUCCCCUCGUCGUACACGCCCAAAAAAUGCGACACAGCGCCCUGGACUCAUUCUUCUUGAAGGUCAAAAAAAACGACGCACCAAGGCCCAGAUCGCAGAAGAUCUACAGCAUGCAAAAGAUGUGCAGGCUGUCCAGGCAGCGACUGCACAGCGUGGAAUUAGCCACAUUGCUGGCAUUGAGGCUGACAUGCAGGCACAGCAGUCGACUCAGGCAAGUGGGAGGGGGAAGCUGCCCGUAAAGCCCCGUCCUAGACCAGUGAAGAGUAAAAAAGCAGAAGUUGUAGCGACUAAUGAACUUACCUUGGAGAGUCCUAUUGUGCCGGCAACACAGGUCAAGGCCAAAGGCACAGGCAAAUAUGGCACCAUGGGUAGGGAUGCUGAUGGCGUUGAUGCAGGAGAUGGCGAAGUGAUCGGAAACGAAGUUGAGAAGUCAAAGAAGACGAAGAAGCUUAAGAAGGCCAACCUCAUUUCGCGCGAGGUGAUCAGUGCUGCAACGAAGCAUAUCAUCAAUCAAGGGAAGGCACCUGACAAAUCCACGCUCCACUUCAUGACGCUUACAUGGGCGCUCAGUAGUAGAAAACUUAACGUUGCUAGAAAGAUCGAUAACUGGCAAACUCUUGUUAAACCUCAGGAGGAAGUUCAUUCCGAACUUCAAACGACAAUAAAAAAUCCUGUUUUAAGGGCCGUCCAAUCUGCUUCGGGCAACACUUUGUCAGUGACAACUUUGAAAUCGAGUCAGACUGCAGCAACCACAGUCUCAAGUGCGAAAGAACCCCCUCCCACCUUGAUCAAAUCUUCAGACGGACUGGUAUCAGAGGAGGACGAGGAAGAAGAUGAGGAAGAUGAAGACGAAGCAGAUGAAGACGAAGAGGAAUUACCAGAGCAGUUGUAUGGGUUCACGGCCGACAGGAAAGACAAGGCGGCAAUGCAGAGUGUUGUAGCGAUCUCUGAAUUUUCGGAUGAUGAAGUGGCCGAAGCACCGGCCAUCAUUCCAUUCAACUUAUUACCAUUCACGCAGCAAGCAGAUAUAGUAAGGUUUGCUUUAGAACAACCUCGAGCUCCAAUCAGUACUACCUCCAAAAGGAAAAUCGAGGACCUCGUCGGAUAUUACAGCUCAUCCGAAGAGGACAUUGCCCCCGUUGUCGUUGAUGCAGAGUUGGAUUUGCUUUCGGCGUCUGAGGUCGAGAUUGAGGAUGUUCCCAAGCCAAUGCGCACCACUGGCACCGCAAAGACGAGUGUAUCGGUCUCUGUGAAUCCGAACCCAUCCAAGAAAGCCAAAGUCGAACCGGCUCGCCAGGACCUGUCCAAGAAGGUGAAAACAGAACUCGUUUCUCAAAAGAAGGCCAAGGUCGAUCUACCUUCCAAGGACACUGACAUUCUGGUUCCCGCAACCCCUCAGCCUGACUUAAUGUUUGCGGAUAUGGCGACAAAGCCUAAAACUAUAGGGCAAUGGAGAAACACAGAUCUCCCGUCGAUGAUGUUGGAGGACGGCGCAUGGCGCAGAACUUUUAUACCAACAGUCUUUCUAUGGGCUGGCGCUCAGCCAAAAUUUUGGACCAUCGAGACUGAGCAGUUACUUCCAGCACUACAAUCUAUCUUUGACGUUGCUUAUCCAGGAACAAAUCACAAUAUCCAACCAAAGGGCCCUAUCAUAGGCUUGGUAAAUCAGCGUCUAUGCUCCUGGCGCAGUAACUUCGGAUCUACAGCCAUCGCCCUUGUUACUAACUUCCUCGCGGCCUCCAAAGCUGAUGAGGAUGAUGAGGACGAGGACGACACCAGUGACUUUGAGCAAGUGCUGGCAACUAACCUUCUCGAGGACUACGCUUUCCUCUAUGAGGAUCCGGAGACCCGUGACCCAGACCAGAUCUACCGGUCCAUAUUCAUGUUGGAAAUGAUCGAGGCCGCCCACAUUAAUGCCAUUGCUGGAUUCCUUGAUGUACCUGCGCUCAACACUCAUGGUUUGCAUUUGAAUGGAAUGCAGGCUGUAAUUGCUGCAUGCGCUGCUGCACUCGAACGUGCCUUUUCUUUCGCUGCAAAAUGUUAAGACCGUGCACAAAGGGUAGGACUGAUUCCGAGGGGCUUGGCUUCAGCUCGUGCGCUGCGCCCCUUACCCGAGUAUGUGCCCUUAAUU